AUUGAUUACCCCAUCUCAUUGUCUGGUUUUACAACUUACAAGAGACCUAACUCGGUGCAACAGCGAUAGAUCAUCUUUACUUCCCCAUCGCACCAUCCACUUUACUAGAUUUAUCAAUUGCAUCAGAUCAUGACCCCCAACGAGGGACUGGACCUGAUACAGGCGGUCUUCAUGGGUACAGUGGCCCUGCGACAGCUUCUAAAUCAAUGCAAUCAAAUCGCAAACAUCGAGGAAUACCGUAAUGGUGAUCCAGGCGCCUUUCAGCAAACGGACAGACAGCUUCUACUAGAGUUGACGCAGGGCAUCGAGGAACAGGACGAAAUGCUUCGUCCUAUCAUGGCGCAUCUCCAAGAAAUGACCGCACGAAGUCGUGCCCAGAUACGGAUUAAUCAUGCGUUCUUUUCUCCCUUCAGGCGCUUCCCGCGCGAAAUCCUCUCCGAGAUCUUCCUCUUCGCAGCUGGUCCCGGACACGACGAUUUGAUCCGCGCGGGCCGGUUCCUCGACCACGACCGUAAGCGUCUCUCUCGCGGGCACGCAUACAACUUCGCCCAAGUAUGCCAUACCUGGAGGUGCGUGGCCCUGGAGACAGCCGCGCUCUGGACGGAUAUACGCCUCUGGUCGGACCGUCCAUACCUGACCAAGUAUGUCCUCGCGCGCGAACUCCCUCUCACGCGCCGAAGCCCUCUCGACGUACUCAUCGCAGGCGAACUACACCACCAAUCUGGAUGGUGGAAGGUCAUCCGCCAGGAGGCCUACCGCUGGCGAACUCUCUGUCUGGCUCGACCUGCUUCUGACGGGAUCAUAGAGCCCCUUUCUUGUCCCUCACUGGAGAAGCUACGCGUCAGACACGAAAGGCUGGAAGUCCCCUUCCCCAGCGCGCCACAAUCUACCCAUUCAGAGGUCAUUCGUCUCUAUACGAAUCUCAGCAACGCGCCUCGUCUGCGCCUCGUCGACAUCGUGUUUUAUGCAAGGGAUAAUAUAGAGGGUGACUUGCGGUUUCCAGAGAGCUGGCGGCUGACUGCCCUCCAUCUCCAUGACGGCAUAUAUCGGAGCCGUCGCCCCCUUCUGUCGCUCAUCGCGCGUCAGGCUUCGACGUUGGAAGAGGUCGACGUGAGCGCCAGUACAUCGGGUUAUUUCGAAGGGGAACCAACGAGUUCGACGCCACUGCGCCUCCCUCGGCUGAAGAAGCUUACCUGCAUGGGCGCUGGAUAUUGCCUCAUCGAGAAUACCGUUGCACCCGCCCUCGAGACGUUGCACAUUGAUCGCAAUCCCGAUGGCGACGUCAGACGAGUCCUCGAGCGAAUCUCCACAUUCCCCGCGCUUACAAAGUUAACCCUCGCCAACGUUGCGUGGGAGUCGGGCUCACUGCUCUCCACGCUACGCAGCCUGUCGCAACUCAUAUCGCUCAGUCUCGCGGAGGACACCCAGGGGCUGAUCAUUACCGAGGCUCUGCUAUCUGGCCUGACGCGCGGUGAUGUCGAUGUAGGGGGCGUGCUCACUCCGCCGAAUCUCCAUUGUCCGCUUCCCAACCUGGUCAGCAUGCAUAUCUUGCUAUCCAAGCCCGAAUGGAGCGACACGUACGAAUCGUCGCUAGCAGUACCUCUACGCACGAUGGCACUGUCGCGCCACAGAGGCGCUGCUGAUGAUACAGACCUUCGCGCGCUAGAAAUAUUCGAUGCUCGGUACAGCCACUGCGGAAUGAAGGAUGCGAAACCGAUACUUGCCUGGGGGUUCGAAAAUGAUAGUUAA